AUGUUCACAAAGACUGCUCUGACAACAUCGCUGCUCGCCGCCCUGGCCGCAUCGCAGCAGGUUGACUACAACUCGAUCUCGCAGAACUGGAACGAGGUUGUCGCCCACGCCUCCGCCGCCCUGCCGCUGAUCCAGCAGCAGCCUGCUCUGCUGGCCCAGUACCAGAGCAUUCUGGGCGGUGCCAACACUCUGCCUGCCAACUACGAUCCGGCGCUGGUCAGCUUGAUCGAGAACCAGCUGCCGACUCAGGUUGGCUUCGCCAUUCUGGGCGUGUCGCAGAACAACCAGGGCGCUGUGCCUACUGCACCCAAUGCCGAGCAGACUGCCGCUAGCGUCCCCGUCGGGACUGUCGUUACUGGCCCUGAGCCCACCGAUGCCAACACCGUCCCCACGGCUCCCCAGGAAACUGCUCCCAACGAUACUGCUGCUACGCCCUCGGGUCCCGAGGUGACCGACGCCACGGCUCCGUCAGGUACCGAUGCCACCGCUCCUUCGGCCACUGAUGCUACUGCUCCGUCGGCCACCGAUGCCACGGCUCCUUCGGGUACCGAUGCCACUGCCCCUUCGGGUACCGAUGCCACCGUCCCGUCCGGCACUGACGCUACCGUUCCUUCUGGUACCGAUGCUACUCCCUCGGGUAGCGAUGCCACUCACUCUGGCACUGAUGCCACUCACUCCGGAACCGAUGCCACUCACUCUGGAACCGAAGCCACCGACACUGAUGCCACGCCUUCCGGCUCGCACACUGCUUCCCAGACAGACGCCACUGCCUCGGGUACCAGCAAGCACAGCACAGCCUCCACGAGCAAGGCGUCGUCGUCGCACCACACUUCGUCUGAGGACAGCACUGACGAGUCUUCCUCCGAGGAGAGCUCCCUUGAUUCCGAGCUGUCAUCUGAGGAGGACAGCAGCGUGGAAUCGUCGACGAGAGUCAGCAGCGUCACCACGCCAGACAACGCUGCUGGGUCGCUGAACGCUUGGACGGCUCUGGGUGCCGCCAUCAUUGCUGCCGCCUCGUUCUUCUAAGAAGCGAACAAAGAAAUGCAAACCUAGCUUGCCUCAUUUGGAGUUCGUGAAUAAAGAUGGCGCACACCUAAUUUAUCUUCUUCUUUCCUUCGCUCCCGCACUCUACAAACGAUAUAUCUUAAUCACUAUCCACAUUUCACACGCUGCACUACACCUGUAUACAUGGGCG